UCGCUCUAGUCGAAGUGACGAGCUUCGCGAAUGCCACCUAAGACUGCCAGUAUUUAUUUCAGCUGAGUGUCUCAUAAAGCUUAUAAUAUUGAUACAUUAGUCGUUACCCCUUUUCUUCAUCGUAAUCAACAAACACUAUUCUUGUAAACCCAUCCGAUAGGUACCAUCAACAUAUUUUAUAUCCACAUCUAACUACGCCAGAAUCAGAUAUUCUACUUCAAUCGGUUACUUAAUACUUGACUCAUUUCAUCACCAUGGCUACCCAGAGCGUCAACGUAAACCCGGAUAUAACCAUCUUCCGUGGAUUCAAAGAAACCAGAAAUUACACAUGGUCCCCAUAUGUAAACAAAUUAGAAGCACGAUUACGCUUUGCGGGUGUGCGAUAUAAGAUAGGAGUAGGCUCGCUUAAAGCGGCGCCUAGGGGCAAGGUACCAUACAUAGAAUGUCGCGAUCUAUCUGCUACCUCCUCGUCCGGAAAGGGGGAAGAUUCCCUGCCAAAAGUACAACUCGGCGACUCUACCCUUAUCAUCAAGACCCUGGCUGAGUGGGAUGUCCUUCCGGAUCUAAACAGAGCGCUGGACCCGUCGAAGAGGUUACAGGACAUGGCGCUGAUAGCUCUACUAGAGAAUAAGCUGUCCUUUUACCAAACUUGGGAGCGUUGGAUCCAAAAUUACUACACCAUGAGGGACCAUGUCCUAUGGCCAAUCCCUUACCCGAUCCGCAUCGUUGUGGGUUUAUUAGCUUAUCGCGCCAACGCCACGAUGUUGAAUGGUCAAGGUACUGGCCGGUUUACCAAGGAGGAAAUCGAGCAAUCCACUUGCGAGAUCUGGGAAACAAUUAGUGCACAACUUGUGACCUCGCGAUCCAGUAGUAAAGGCGGCGACGACAAGCCGUUCUGGGUACUUGGUGGAGAAGAACCGACGGAGGCGGAUGCGUGUCUGUUUGGCUUUAUUGUUUCCGCUUGGAUAUGUACUGCCGGACCCAAAGCUCAUGACAUCAUCAAAAGCUUCCCGGUCCUCCUUGACUACGCGGGGCGCAUUCACGACCGGUAUUUCCCUGAUUAUGAGAAAUGGGCUGUGGAAUGAGGUUGGAUGUGCAGAUUUGCAUGAUGCAAGGUUCGAGCCAGGUACCUAAUAUAGUAACGGAAGCUGUCCAAAGAUAAUAUUGAUUUGCUAUGGAAAUCAGGUAGGGAGACACGCUGAUAAAAUGGAAAGAAGUUCGGAG